AUGCACAUGGUCAUCCUCUUCCUCCUGCAGCUCCUUCCUACUGCAGAGGGUGGAGUGAGGACUAAAUCCUUUGUAUUCCUUUGGGACUCUGGAUACAAAUAUAACUGGCAAAAGGCACAAGAAUGCUGCAGGAGCAUCGGCCAGGAGCUGAUCACCACAAGAGAUGACAUAGAAAAUGAGAAGUUUAACCAUGACAAAGGCCAAGGAUGGAACGGUUUGCACCGAGAAAAUUCAGCCUCUAAGUGGGAAUGGUCUGGAAGAGAUGAGGAAGCCAAAUUCUUCGACUGGGAGGAUGGUGAUCCAGUGGAUGGGAAGGACUGUGCAUUUAAGAAUCCACACGAACAUGGACAGAGAAGCGAUCUCUGUGAUUGCUUGCAUUCUUUCAAAUGUCACAAAGAAAUGCUGGUUCUGGUAAAGGAGAAAAAGACUUGGGAGGAGGCAUUAAUGCACUGCAGGGCUCUCGAGGCAAAGGACCCAAAUAAGCCAUUCACUCCCUACCAGAACUACAAGUACGACCUGGCCACCCUGAUCACCGAAGACGACCAAGAGUUUGCACGAGAGACGACACAGAGUGCUACCACUGACGAGGUUUGGACGGGCAUGCGCUGCCUGGCUGGCUAUUGGCUGUGGGUCGGUGGAGAAGAAGUGAUGUACGAAAAUAUCAAUAGAUUCCCAAGUAGGGGCUUUUGUGGCACGCUGCCUACAACGGGCAAUGAUUCCUACGAGAUAAGACCCUGCAAUGAGAAGAGAAACUUCUUCUGCUACAGGAAGUCUGAAGAACAAGAGUUAUCAGAAACCUCUUGUGCCCCAAAGCCUCAUACAGGCUCUGGUGCUUAAAAUAGAAGAAAGGCCACUCUUAAAUGUGAAACUCAAAAUCUAAAAGAAAGGGGUUUGCUUUGCCGGUCUUACCCCUGCCCUUUAUUUGUACUGGGGGCUGUGACUGUGCUGCAGGGGGUGGCGUGGAGGAGUAGCUUCUUGCCAGGUCAGCCAUGUGGUGGUUAAUGUUACAAAAUAUAUAUUGUGUCGUAGAUAACCACUGUUAAACCAUAAUAAGACUUACUUCUUCUUCUUAUACAAUAUUGUACUAUAUUCAAUAUUUAUCAUAUUGGAACCAUUUAUUAAAAUACACUUAGAUCAUUUUUAUCAUAAUGAUU